CGCACCCAAGGGCUAGCUCAAUCUUUCCCACCUUUCAAUUUAUACAAUUUAUACCCGGAGAAUAGCGCGGCUAUGGAGUUCACAUUCUAUUACUAUGCUCCAUCUACUGCAGCUGCAGUCAUCUUCACUGUCCUGUUCGGGUUGAGCAGUCUCGUGCAUUUAUACCAACUCGUGCGGACAAGAACAUGGUUCAUGAUUCCCUUCUUUAUCGGAGUAAAUCUUGAAACUGUCGGUUAUGUCGGACGCCUAUUAUCAUCCUUUGAGUCGCCAGACUUCACGCAAGGACCAUAUAUCAUGCAAAGUGCUUUGAUCCUGAUCGCUCCGGCUUUCCUCGCCGCGAGUAUAUAUAUGACUCUGGGACGCAUUAUAUUCAUGCUCGAUGCCGAGAACUCCUCCAUCAUCAAGCUCAGAUGGCUCACUAAGAUCUUUGUGGCUGGUGAUGUUCUGUCUUUCUUGAUGCAGGCCUCCGGUGCGGGAAUUAUGGUUCAAAAUUCAAACCCAUCUAUCGGCGAGCAUAUUAUCAUCGGUGGUCUUUUUGUGCAGAUCAUUUUCUUCGGACUUUUCUCUAUCAGCGCUGUUGUGUUCCAAACCCGUGUCAACAAGAAGCCGACAAGCCGAUCGAUCGAGUUAAAGGGUCUUUGGACCCGCCAUAUGAUUGCUCUAUACACGACGAGUGUGUUGAUCCUGGUCCGCUCUGUCAUCCGUGUGGCGGAGUACCUGCAGGGGUAUGAUGGAUAUUUGAUGAGGAACGAGGUUUUUAUCUAUGUCUUCGACGCCCUUCUGAUGUUUAUCACUGCGCUUGUUCUUCAGUACCAACACCCCAGUGAGAUCAAUUGCUUGCUUGGUCGCGGUGACAAGUAUUCGGAGAAGAUUGUUUGGACGCGGAAGUUUAUUCCCAUCUCUACGCGAGAGAUGACUCGUUCUGAAGAAGUUUGA